UGUCAAAAUUUUGAUUGUUCUUCACGUCCGCUAGCCCGCCAUUGUUGUAAUCAAAACAAAAAUUAAAAUAUUAAACAUGAGCAAGAGAAAGGACAAGAGCGGCAGCUUGCCGAGGUCGUCGAUGACGAUGAGGAGCAUGGAUCGAAAAGUGCAGUAUAAGAAUUUCCUUGAAGGUUUCUCCAAGCUUGAAUUGGAAGGCGCUAGUAUGGAUGAGAAGAUGGAUUACACAACGAACGUCAUCAAGGAGGCCAACGAGCUGCUUCAGCAGGGCUCCAUGGAGGACCGAGUCAAGAACCCAACGGAGAGCUUCCUGGCGUCGCGGGUGCUCCGCGCGGCGAGCCAGAUGGCCGCCACGUGCGCCGCCGGCGUCUCCGGCGCCGUGCAUGUCUACGACCGCCGGGAGCUGGCCGCACAUAUUAAAGAGAAGCCCGAAUUCUGGAGUGUCCUCUUCCCACUGGAAGCCCCGGCGACUUGUUCACUGUUCGGGGCCUUCGAUGGCACGCCGCCCGAGCCCGGGGAGCGCCCCCGGGCCGAGAGGAAGAGAGUGGAAAGACAGGCCUUGGCCGAGAAGAAAGCUCCCGCGAAUGUGGACAAAAUGGACAAAACCGAAGAAGGUGCCGAGAUGGUGGCCCGCGUCAAACGCUUCGUCACCAAGACCUACCAGCGCACCGGAGCCCCUCUCAGCUACUUCCACACAGUGCUGGACCCGGGGAGCUUCGCCCGCUCUGUGGAGAACGUGUACCAUCUGUCCUUCCUGGUCAGAGAGGGUGCUGUGUCUUGCCAUGUCGAUGAGGAGCACGGGCUGCCGUUCAUAGCGCCGGUGUCCGAGGAACAGCGCAGCGGCGGCGGACUCGCCAAGGAGCACCAGUUCAUCGUCAGCCUCGACAUGCAGCGCUGGCAGGACCUGAUAAAAGCGUUCAAAAUCGACCAACCGAUGAUGGUUCUCAAGCGAUAGUUGCUAUGACUACCUUUGUGACCUUCCGUAGAACAGCAGUUCUUAAAAAGUUUGUACAUAGCCACGUCAGCUAAUUUUAAUUGAUCCUAUUUUGUUACCAACAUUUAGUAAUAUAAGUCCAUUUUCGUAAAAUAUAUACAGGAUAAUUGUUAUAAUUA